GGGCGCUCCUCGGAGCAGGCGUUGUCGUCUCCGGCAAGAGGGUGGCGCUUGGACUCUCGCCCACGGAGGGAGGCCAGUCCCACGGUCUCCGGCUACGGAUCCCUGGACCCUCUUCGCGGGCGAUUCGCGUAGCCUCAGAUGGAGUCUUACUCUCUCACCCAGACUGGAGUGCAGUGGCAUGAUCUGGGCUCACUGUAACUUUCGCCUCCUGGGUUCAAGCAGUUCUCCUGCCUCAGCUUCCCGAGUAGCUGUACAAAGAUUACAGGUAACUGCAUCCUGCCCAGCAUGGCGGCCCCCUGCCCGCCGCCACCUCCAGACCCCCAGUUUGUCCUCCGAGGCACCCAGUCAGCGGUGCAUGCGCUGCACUUCUGCGAAGGAGCCCAGGCUCAGGGGCGCCCGCUCCUCUUCUCAGGGUCUCAGAGCGGCCUGGUACACGUCUGGAGCCUGCAGACGCGGAGAGCGGUCACCACCCUGGAUGGCCACGGCGGCCAGUGUGUGACCUGGCUGCAGACGCUGCCCCAGGGGCACCAGCUCCUCAGUCAGGGCCGGGACCUGAAGCUGUGCCUGUGGGAUCUGGCGGAGGGCAGGAAUGCUGUCGUGGACUCCGUGUGCUUGGAGAGUGUGGGCUUCUGCCGGAGCAGCAUCCUGGCCGGGGGCCAGCCACGUUGGACGCUUGCCGUGCCAGGGAAGGGCAGCGACGAGGUUCAGAUUCUGGAGAUGCCAUCCAAGACAUCAGUGUGCGCCCUGAAGCCGAAGGCAGAUGCCAAGCUGGGCAUGCCCAUGUGCCUGCAGCUGUGGCAGGCCGACUGCAGCCCCCGCCCACUCCUUCUGGCCGGCUAUGAGGAUGGAUCGGUGGCCCUGUGGGACGUCUCUGAGCAGAAGGUGUGCAGCCGCAUCGCCUGCCAUGAGGAGCCCGUCAUGGACCUUGACUUUGACUCCCAGAAGGCCAGGGGCAUCUCAGGCUCCGCGGGGAAGGCGCUGGCUGUCUGGAGCCUGGACGGGCAGCAGGCCCUGCAGGUGCGUGGGACUCAUGAACUCAUCAAUCCCGGGAUCGCCGAGGUCACGAUCCGGCCAGACCGCAAGAUCCUGGCCACCGCAGGCUGGGACCACCGCAUCCGUGUGUUCCACUGGCGGACGAUGCAGCCGCUGGCCGUGCUGGCCUUCCACAGCGCCACUGUCCAGUGCGUGGCCUUCGCCGCCAAUGGCUUGCUGGCCGCGGGCUCCAAGGAUCAGCGGAUCAGCCUCUGGUCACUCUACCCACGCGCAUGACUCACCCAGUCCCUUCCCGGGAGACGAGAAGGGCGGGCAGGGAGGUGGGCAUCAGGCCCCAGCCUUGACCUGAAACCUCAAGGGCCUCUGAGGAAUCAGCAAGUCAUGGCCCAAGGACCAUGGAGUCCCCGCUGUCUUCACGAGGUUGGUGUUUCCUUUUGUGGAGUGCCUUAUCACAGGACGGUGACUCUGGGGGCCAGCCAGAGCCCUGGCCAUCCGAGGCCUGCAGGAGACGUUGGCUUGGGCCUGCUGUGUUGCCAGCUGAGGGUAUUUUAUAAUAAAUUUCCAUUGCCAA